AUGGACGUUAAAGUUGAUAAGGCACCCAUUCCAUCUCAUACGAUACAGUGGAAAGUGUACGGCUUACGAUGUGCCGUGUGUUUAGCAAUAACGAAAAUUGAGGGCUUGGAUGGCUGCACGUCUCUGCGGACCCUUUGCCUGAACGAGAACUGCAUUCGGGAGAUCUCCGGCCUUUGCUGCCUCAAAGACCUACGGGUGCUGAACCUUAGCAACAACUUCAUCUCAGAUAUCUCAGGGCUCGAGGGCUGUUGCCCCUUGCUGGAGACGCUGCAUCUGGGUUUUAACCAGAUAGAGGACGAAGCGCUGACACCAUUACUGGGAUUUAAGGCCCUGGUCGUGCUGGAUCUGAGCCACAACCAUAUAUGCAAGGGAGAAAGCAUCGAGCAACUGCAAAGCCUUCGGCAGUUAAAGGUCCUCUACCUGCAUCGAAACCCUGUGGUAAGCAGUUUCCGGCACUACAGGAAGAGGCUGAUCUGUGGAUUUCCUUCUCUCACUUUCCUAGAUGAUACUCCUGUGAAGUGGAGGGACAGAAGAACUGCUACAGCUUUCUUGAAGGGAGGUAUCGAGGCAGAGAAGAAGGAGCUGGAGCUGAUCAACAAAGAGAAGCGAGAGGAACGAACUAGACUGAUCGAUGGUCAGCAAAGAAAGGAGCAACGAGUCGACCAAAACAAAUCGGGUUCAUCUUGGUUUAGGCGCGUGUGCGAAGAGGCUCGCAGGGCACAAGCCCAACCAACCAAUAGGUGCACCUUCGCCAGCAGGGUGGCUUCUAGCGAGACUGCUGCUUUCCGAUUUUUCAGCGAUGGCGAGAGGAGCAGCAAUAGCAGCCAACUGCAAGUCCCUCCGCUACAACUGCAAAGCGAGAGCACUUGGUGCAGCACCGACCGCUCCCUGAGUGGUUGCAGCAGCGACAGAAGUAUGGACACCCCCGGUGCACAGGCAGCAAACACAGCAGCCAACGGAGCAGCAUCGCCAAGUCAGCAAACAGCCCCCGCAGCAGCAGGUGUAACAGAAGCAGCAGCAGGUGAGACGCUGACACAGCACAGCGUGCAACGAGCCGGAGUAGCACCCGAUACACCAGGGAAAACCGAAGCGGCCACAGCAACUCCGUGCCAGUCAGCAGCCAAUGUUUCAACAGGAAACGCAGGAGGACAGGAAGACAGGGCAAAAAUGGCAGCAGAGCCAGCAGCAGCAGUCCUUCCAAACGAAGCAGCAUUACCAGAUGCAGGAAGAAGCGAUGCACCAGGAAUAGGGGAGGAAACAAGCACUUUGGCAGAUAAGACUACGGCAGUCGAGGAGGCAGCCACACCACAGGAGACAAUGACAUACACAGCGAUAACGGAAGCCGCAGCAACAACAGAUGAACCGCCAGAUAGAGCACUCCGGGGAAACACAAGAUCAGAUGUACCGUCAGAAACUAUAGACCCGCGUUCAGCAGCCAGCUGCGAAAGGGCAUCUGACGCAACAGAAGCAGCGCAUUCAGCAGAAGCAGAAAGUACUGCAUCCCAAAAAGAAUACUAG